GCCGCCCGGGCGCAGGAGCCACCGCGUUCCCGGGAGCCGAGGCACCAGCACCGGCCCGGGAGCCCCGAGGACUGUAAUAUGGAUUUAGAGCUCCAGGAUUUUUAUAACAAGACACUUGCUACUGAGAACAAUACUGCUGCCACUCGGAAUUCUGAUUUCCCCGUGUGGGAUGACUAUAAAAGCAGUGUCGAUGACUUGCAGUAUUUUCUGAUUGGACUUUAUACAUUUGUAAGUCUUCUUGGCUUCAUGGGGAACCUCCUUAUUUUAAUGGCACUCAUGAGAAAGCGCAAUCAGAAGACUACAGUAAACUUCCUCAUAGGAAAUUUGGCCUUCUCUGAUAUCUUGGUUGUGCUGUUUUGCUCACCUUUCACACUGACCUCUGUCUUGCUGGAUCAGUGGAUGUUUGGCAAAGUCAUGUGUCAUAUUAUGCCUUUUCUUCAAUGUGUUUCAGUUCUGGUUUCAACUUUAAUUUUAAUAUCAAUUGCCAUUGUCAGGUAUCAUAUGAUAAAACAUCCUAUAUCUAACAAUUUAACAGCAAAUCAUGGCUACUUCUUGGUAGCUACUGUCUGGACACUAGGUUUUGCCAUUUGUUCUCCCCUUCCAGUGUUUCACAGUCUGGUGGAACUUCAGGAAACAUUUGGCUCUGCAUUGGUGAGCAGCAGGUAUUUAUGUGUUGAGUCUUGGCCAUCUGAUUCAUACAGAAUUGCUUUUACUAUCUCUUUAUUGCUAGUUCAGUAUAUUCUGCCCUUGGUAUGCCUAACUGUAAGUCACACCAGUGUCUGCAGAAGUAUAAGCUGUGGGUUGUCCAACCAAGAAAACAAACUAGAAGAAAAUGAGAUGAUCAAUUUAACUCUUCAUCCAUUCAAAAAGAGUGGGCCUCCGGUAAAACUUCCCAACAGCCAUAAAUGGAGCUAUUCAUUCAUCAGAAAACACAGAAGAAGAUACAGCAAGAAGACAGCGUGUGUGUUACCUGCUCCAGCAAGACCUCCUCAAGAGAACCAUUCAAGAAUGCUUCCAGAAAACUUUGGGUCCGUAAAAAGUCAGCCCUCUUCAUCCAGUAAGUUCAUACCAGGAGUCCCCACCUGCUUUGAGGUGAAACCUGAAGAAAACUCAGAUGUUCAGGAAAUGAGAGUAAACCGUUCGAUCAUGAGGAUAAAAAAGAGAUCUCGAAGUGUUUUCUAUAGACUAACCAUAUUGAUAUUGGUGUUUGCUGUUAGCUGGAUGCCACUACACCUUUUCCAUGUGGUAACUGAUUUUAAUGAUAACCUUAUUUCAAAUAGGCAUUUCAAGUUGGUGUAUUGCAUCUGUCAUUUGUUAGGCAUGAUGUCCUGUUGUCUGAAUCCUAUUCUGUAUGGAUUUCUUAAUAAUGGGAUCAAAGCUGAUUUAAUUUCCCUUAUACAAUGUCUUCAUAUGUCAUAAUCCUGAAUGUUUACCAAGGAAAGAACAAAUGCUGGGAUCGCCUAACACAUAUUCACAAUAACUAUUUAUGUAUAGUAAACACAUUUUAGUAACAUGAAAUUUAAUUUAUGUAUAAGAGUUCUGGAUUUGAAUGUCAGUUCAUAAUAUAUGGAAGACAAUUUUUAUGUGUUAUAUAUAAUAUGAUGAGUUCAUUUAGUUACAUAAAGUCAGGGUCAGUACACUCUGUAAUUUCAUUUUAA